CAGGCGGCGGGGCUCGUGCUGCCUUGCAGACGCCGCCACCCCGGAGCCUCCCGCGCAGUCUAGCCAUGGUCAACCCCACCGUGUUCUUCGACAUCGCCGUCGACGGCGAGCCCUUGGGCCGCGUCUCCUUCGAGGUAAGGGACCUGGAAACCAAGAAGUGACUGCUCAUCCAAUCCGUAAAGCUAUGUUAACAGAUUGGAGCUGUUUGCAGACAAAGUUCCAAAGACAGCAGAAAACUUCCGUGCUCUGAGCACUGGGGAGAAAGGCUUUGGUUAUAAAGGUUCCUGCUUUCACAGAAUAAUUCCGGGAUUUAUGUGCCAGGGUGGUGACUUCACACGCCAUAAUGGCACUGGUGGCAGGUCCAUCUAUGGGGAGAAAUUUGAUGAUGAGAAUUUCCUCCUGAAGCAUACGGGUCCUGGCAUCUUGUCCAUGGCAAAUGCUGGCCCCAACACAAACGGUUCCCAGUUUUUCAUCUGCACUGCCAAGACUGAGUGGUUGGAUGGCAAGCAUGUGGUCUUUGGCAAGGUGAAAGAGGGCAUGAAUAUCGUGGAAGCCAUGGAGCGCUUUGGGUCCAGGAAUGGCAAGACCAGCAAGAAGAUCACCAUUGCUGACUGUGGACAAAUCUAAUAAAUUUGACUUGUGUUUUAUCUUAACCACCAGACCAUUCCUUCUGUAGCUCAGGAGAGCACCCCUACACCCUCAUCUGCUUGAAAUAUCCUAUAAUCUUUGUGCUCUCACUGCACUUCUUUGGGUUCCAUAUUUUCCUUAUUCCCCUCCAAGUUUAGCUGAAUUGAAAAGUUUAUGAUUAUGAAAUAAAAACUAAACAACA